GCAUCUAGGCGGCGGCCGGGGCGGCGUUAGCCCCCUCCCUCCUUGUCAGCCCGCGGGGAGCGCGGUCACCGCAGGAGCAGGACGAAUGUAUGACAACAUGUCCACAAUGGUAUACCUAAAGGAAGACAAAUUGGAGAAGCUUACCCAGGAUGAAAUCAUUUCUAAGACAAAGCAAGUGAUUCAGGGAUUGGAAGCUCUGAAGAAUGAACACAAUUCUAUCUUGCAAAGUUUACUUGAGACACUUAAGUGUUUGAAGAAAGAUGAUGAGAGUAAUCUGGUGGAAGAAAAGUCAAACAUGAUUCGCAAGUCAUUGGAAAUGUUGGAGCUUGGGCUGAGUGAGGCACAGGUAAUGAUGGCUUUGUCAAACCAUCUAAAUGCAGUUGAAUCAGAGAAACAGAAAUUGCGUGCCCAAGUACGUCGUCUGUGCCAGGAAAAUCAGUGGCUGCGGGAUGAGUUAGCCAACACACAGCAGAAAUUACAAAAAAGUGAGCAAUCCGUGGCUCAACUGGAGGAAGAAAAGAAACACUUGGAAUUCAUGAAUCAGUUAAAAAAAUAUGAUGAUGACAUUUCUCCAUCAGAGGACAAAGACAAUGAUUCUACCAAAGAACCUCUGGAUGACCUUUUCCCCAAUGAUGAAGAUGACCCAGGACAAGGAAUUCAACAGCAGCAUAGCAGUGCGGCUGCUGCUGCCCAACAAGGAGGAUAUGAAAUUCCAGCACGGCUUAGAACUCUUCAUAACCUCGUUAUUCAGUAUGCUUCCCAAGGUAGAUAUGAGGUUGCAGUACCAUUAUGCAAACAAGCACUAGAAGAUCUUGAGAAGACUUCUGGUCAUGAUCACCCUGAUGUUGCCACCAUGCUCAAUAUCUUGGCUCUGGUAUACAGAGAUCAAAAUAAAUACAAAGAUGCAGCCAAUCUACUAAAUGAUGCACUGGCUAUCCGUGAAAAAACCUUGGGCAAAGAUCAUCCAGCGGUGGCAGCAACUCUGAAUAAUCUUGCAGUGCUUUAUGGUAAAAGAGGGAAAUACAAAGAAGCUGAGCCUUUGUGUAAGAGAGCCCUGGAGAUCAGAGAGAAGGUUUUGGGGAAAGACCACCCAGAUGUUGCGAAACAGUUAAAUAACUUGGCCUUACUCUGCCAGAACCAGGGAAAGUAUGAGGAGGUAGAAUAUUAUUAUCAGAGAGCCCUUGAGAUCUACCAAACAAAACUGGGACCAGAUGACCCCAAUGUGGCCAAAACAAAAAAUAACUUGGCAUCAUGCUAUCUGAAGCAAGGGAAAUUCAAGCAGGCUGAAACAUUAUACAAGGAGAUUCUCACUCGAGCUCAUGAGAGAGAGUUUGGCUCUGUAGAUGAUGAAAAUAAACCCAUUUGGAUGCAUGCUGAGGAGAGAGAAGAAUGCAAAGGAAAACAAAAGGAUGGGACAUCUUUCGGGGAGUAUGGAGGCUGGUACAAAGCUUGCAAAGUUGAUAGUCCAACUGUGACAACUACUUUAAAGAACCUUGGAGCACUUUACAGACGUCAAGGCAAAUUUGAAGCUGCUGAAACAUUAGAGGAAGCAGCCAUGAGGUCUCGAAAACAGGGUCUUGACAAUGUUCACAAACAAAGAGUAGCUGAAGUACUAAAUGACCCUGAGAGCAUAGAAAAAAGAAGAAGCCGAGAAAGUCUCAAUGUUGAUGUGGUAAAGUACGAGAGUGGUCCUGAUGGAGGGGAGGAAGUGAGUAUGAGCGUAGAAUGGAAUGGGGAUGGCACUGGAUCUUUAAAGCGCAGUGGUUCCUUUAGCAAACUUCGAGCUUCAAUUAGACGCAGCAGUGAGAAGCUGGUUAGAAAGCUGAAGGGAGGAAGUUCACGAGACAGUGAACCAAAGAAUCCUGGCAUGAAGCGUGCCAGUUCUCUGAAUGUUCUUAAUAUGGGUGGCAAAGCUGCUGAAGAUCACUUUCAAGAACGAAAUAAUUGUCUGACAGACUCGAGAGUUCUGAGUGCCAGUCAUACUGACUUAGCCCAUUGAGGUGCUGGGACUGAAGCUAGCUAUUACAGAAGCACUGAGACUCUCAAAGCUUUGGUUCCUCGUCACUCUUAUUAGGAACAUGUAGAUUAGAGGUUCCAUUGCAAAGGACUUUUACUUUUUUAUAUUUCUAUACAAUGAAUUUUCAAAUGUAGAGACUUUUCCCCUUCUUUUAGAGACUGUAGGUCACUGCUAUCUUCUGUACUUAUAAUGAGCUCUGUUACCAAUAGAUUUUGUUAACACAGUAGCCAUGAGCUAUAGAAAUACUGAUACUUCCACUAUACCAGCAUAAAAAAGAACAGAAUGGUGUCUAGAUUCCCAGAAUGGAAACAGCCAAUAAGAAGUAACUCAUUAGUACUUCACUGUGACAAAAGGCAAGUCACAUUAAACAUGGAUCCCAGAGUAAAUAAUUGAAAGUGUGGUAUUUUAAUUAGGCUUUCUAGAUACAUGUGUUAGGAACCUAUCAUGUUAUUAUAUCAUGCCAAUGUAAGGUGCUUUCAAAAGCCUUGUCAUGUUUUAAGUUAUGCUUAAAAAAUUAUGUUUCUGGGACCACUAUAGCCAUGAUUUAACUGUCCAUGAUAAGAGAGUAACAGGGGCUGACAAGUAGUUUAGAUGGUCUGUCACACUUCCAUGUAAUCACUAAUUACACUAAAUUAUGUUGACUUUAUUUCUGUCUGUUUUUGACCCAGUUCUUACUAAGGCAUAUAAAACUGGUUGUAAGAGGAAGUAAAACAAGUAAUUGAUUCUAUGUUGGGCCAUAAUGCUUCACAGAGCUAGAGCCAUAGCCCCCAAAUUCCUUUCCUAUGUUACAGUCUUGGUUGGUGCUUUUAGGGACUUCAUUAUAUAUUAAUUCCAAGACAGGUUCAGGCUGGAUGAUAAGUGGUGUUCUAUUGUCUUACUUUAGACUUCACUGUAAACUAAAAAUUGUACUUAGUAGAGAGCACUUUGCCUGGAUUACCUCCUGAGAUGAGGAGGGCUAAUGUCAGGUCACUUUUAAAUUCUGUAAGACUUGGUGAAUGUAAUAAGCUACAAGCUAUCAUCAGUGAUUUGAGCAUUGUAAAACAAAAAGGGAAAAAAGAAUUUAGUUAUUGAUAAGAUCAAAGAUUAGAAUUUAUACUUUGUGUUAGGAAAAAAAAAUUUAAAACUUUUUGCUCGUGAGCAGCCUAAAAAAAAAAAGAUUAUGAUCAUCUUUAUUAUGAAAUAUAGAUGAGUAAACAUUUUGAAUUUAUUUGAAUGCAAUAAUGAAGCCAUCUCUAUAUGAUAUGCACUUAAAUGUUACCUAUAAAAUACUUACCUAGUAGUAUCUCUAUAGAGAAUUUGAAUUUGUUUCAAGUUGGAUAUGUAGACAUUUUCCACAUAGUAUAAUGCUGCUAAUUUUAAUUUCUCUAAUGUACUAUAGGCAUAUUUAAGAAAAUAAGACUCUUUGGGAUUAUUUUCUAGCCAUUUUGUUUUUAAAAGUUAAUUUGUUUAAAAAUCGUUGUAUAGUUAUUAAUAUAAUAGAAUGUGAAGAUUAUGUAUCUGUAUGGGGUGUAUAUGUACAUUUUUCAGUUUUUAUAUAUAUUCCUUCUGUAGAUGAUUUCAUGUUCUCUGACCACUAGUAUUAUGAUGUGAUCCCUAUUUUUUCAGUGUUCUAUCUUGUCUUCUCUUACCUUCUUUCCUUGAGGAUGAGACCAUGAUGCUUCACGGAAGUAGAGACAUGGUCUCCAAAAUGCCCUUCUUGAUAGCAUUUAAACUUGAAAGUUCCCAUAGAACUGUAACAUGUACUUUACAUUUAUUUUGUCUUUAAAAUUUUAUAGAAAUAGAUGUAUUUAAACAAUUUCUCUUAAGACACAAGAAGAUAGCAGAAACAGCUAGGGACAGCUGUUUUGGUUUCUUGACUGUAUAAAUCUCAAUUUUAUAACUAGUGCUAAGUGCGCUGUAUCUAAAAUUGAUAAUAAAAUAUGUAGUUCAUCACAUAUAUUCAAGUGACAGGCAGCAUGACACAGUGGACAGAAAGCUAGUCUUGGAGUUAGGAAGACCUGGGUUCAACUUCUGCCACUAAUAGAUAACAGAUUGUAUUACACUGGGUAUAUUAUGUAUUCUCUAAAUGCCCCAUGCAUUAAUUGUGAUGAAGGGGACAAUUUGUAUUGCUAGAACAAGUUCUAGAGUUCUUUUUCAGGAGUUUCCUAAACUAAUAAAAUCACAAAUAGUUAAAAAAAAAAAAAAAAAAAAA